AUGUUACUUCUUCUUCUAAUAUUCUCCAAUUUUCUUCCAUUUAUUUCAACAACUUCGGAUUAUACAAACUAUAGUCUUAUAAGAUUUCAAGUUGAUUUAACAUCAAAUACUUUGGAAAAACUUGAGAAAUUUGAUUCGGAAUUCGAUGAAAAAUCGAAUAGUUGGAAAGUUUUAUUGGAUAUUUGGGCAGAACCUUCGAAAUCGCAUCCAUUUGUUGAUGUUUUAGUUGCUCCACAAUUUAUGAGACAAUUCAAAUCAAUGUUAACAUCAAUGGAGAUUGGAAGUUUGACUAUUUUGGAAGAAGAUAUUCAAAAACAUAUUAGUUUGGAAAGAAAAACAAUGUUAGAAACAAAUCAAUUGGAAAAUAAAAAUCGAAGAAAAAGAAGAGAAUUAGGAAGUAAUUGGAAGAAUUUCAAUACUCAUAUGUAUCAUCCAUAUUCAAAUAUGAUUGAUUUUAUGACUGUUUUAGCUGAUCAAAAACCAGAUAUGGUUGAGAAAUUUAAAGUUGCAACAUCUUCACAGGGAAGAAGUAUUUAUGGUGUUAGAGUAAGUCGAUUUUCCUUUUUUCUACAGUAAUCCAAACAAUCUUUUCAUUGCAGAUUCAUCCACCGAGAAAAUCAAAUCCAGAAAAACCAUCAAUAAUAAUUGAUGCCGGUGUUCAUGCAAGAGAAUGGAUUGCUCCGGGAGUUGCACUUUAUAUUAUCAAAAGAUUAGUCGAAGGUUACGGUAAUGAUGAUAAAAUCACAAAAAACCUCGAUAAAUUUGAUUGGUACAUUUUUCCACAAGUCAAUCCAGAUGGAUAUGAAUACAGUAGAACUGAAGAUAGAUUAUGGAGAAAAACAAGAAGUAAGAAUGAAACAGUGAAUCGAUAUUGUCAUGGAGCAGAUGCGAAUAGAAAUUGGGGUUAUCGAUGGGGAGAAGUUGGAGCAAAUCGAACACCGUGUUCAAAUAUUUAUAUGGGAUCACAUCCUUAUUCAGAACCAGAAAUUCUUGGAUUAAAAGAUUAUUUUACGUGGCAAAUCACAAAUCCGAUGAUCUAUUUUUCAUUGCACUCAUAUGGCCAGCUAUUUUUAUCACCUUGGGGAUAUACAAAUCAAAGAACUGAUAAUCAUUUCGAUCAACAAUCUGCUGCGAGAGAAGCUGUUAAUGCAAUUAAAAAUACAACUGGAGUUAUUUAUAAAUCUGGAACUAUUUCUGAAAUGAUGUGUAAGUACAGAUCUGAUUCGUGUUUUCCAUUCAAUUGUUUUUUUUUAUUUACAGAUCCAGCAUCUGGCACAAGUAUUGAUUAUAUGCAACAUCUUGGUGUUCCUUAUAUUUAUGGUGUUGAAUUGCGUCCAAAUGAACUUGCUGGUUCAGGUUUCAAUUUGCCAGAAUCAUUUAUAAAAGAAACUGGCGAUGAAAUGAUUGCGGCUUUGCAAGCAAUUAGUGAACAUGCUGUUCGGGUUAAAAAGCUUUAA